ACUGCCCAUGAUUUAAUGUACUCGCUUUGCUUGCCCUAAUUGGAGUCACCACAGGAGGGCGCUCUAGACUAAUAGGAUUUAAGUGAGACAAAGCAGAGUAAGAGCAAUUCACGUUUGUUCACGAGCUAACAGGUACAGCUCGGAAGAAUGCCUUGAGCUUUUAGUGUCCCUUCGGCAAGCAGAGCGAGUUUUACGGUGCUUUGGUGCUUUUGGUGCUUUGGUGCUUUUGGUGCCUUUGGUCUUUUGAUGCUUCUGUGUAUACAACAAAGAACUGAGACGAUGAUUUAUGUGAUGAACUUUAUUGCAUCCAAGUAAACCUUUUUAAAUGCACCCGUCAAGCACUCUCUGCCUAUUCUUUGAAAGCUGAAGGGCUGCUACAGUAAAACUCGCUGCUACACAUGGCGUUUGCAUCACGUUGGUGAUUCAUCACAUGAGUGUCAUGUUACAAGCCUUCAUCUCGUCUGUGGCACUGCAUGGCAUCUACAACAGACUGAAUCUACACUAGGACGGCGACUUUACACGGUUAACUGGGAAAACUCUUCAUGAAAGACUGAAAGGUGACUGCAAACAAACGUUGUGGACUCAGAGGUACAAGAAAAGGAAAAAUAUUUAUCUAUUUAUUACUUUUGGGAUAAUUGCAAUUUUUAAAGAAAAAAAAGGAUUUAUAUUUGUAUGCUUUGUUGAAUUUGUAUGCAGUAAUUGAAGUUUGAGAAUGAGGAGUGACUAAUGAUUUAAGUGCUCAUGCUUCAAGGUGUUUGUGUAAUGUUGGGCUUAUAUUCAUGAUGCAUGUAUUAGACAAAUGUUUGCAAUUUUAAAGUGCUUAAAGUCUUAAGAGUUUAUACUGUUGUUGCACAUGUGAUUUUGACUUAUUACCUUUGCUAUAAUAUUUUAGGUGUUUAAAUUUGUCUGAUGUAAGCAGGUUGCUGAUUUAAGUUGUAGACAGACAAAAUGGACGACACAGCGGAGCAAAUGGCGGCACAAGCAAGUCAAAGGUCAGUUCUUGAUAAAGAUCUGAAUAGUACAACAGAAAUGCAACAGGUUAGAUCAAGAUCAAGCUCUCGAAAAAGAAAUCCCACAGAAAAGGGUUUAGAAAUGCAAAAACAAGAGACAAAAAAGCACGAGAAAGCCUUUAAUAAAGCUUAUACUUCCUGGAAGCAGACAGCUAAAGAAAUUAGAUGUAAAUUAAAAGCCUUAUGCACAUGUGAAGAGCUUGAGCAAAUUUUGAAAGACAUUCAAACUAGUCAGGAUGUUGUCACUCAACAUUAUGCCCCAUUUCUGCGUAAUCAAACUGCUACUCCAGAGAUUGUAAGAAGAGUAGAUGUUUGUUCCAUAUUGAGUACAGAAAUUUGUGAUUUGGUGAGCAAACGAAUAGAAACUGUUGAUGUCAUUCAAAAAAGGGAAGUAGUUAAAGAGAGAGUUAGGCAGAUAUUGAACAAAGAGGAGUAUGAGUCUAUAUUUGGUUGUACCAAUACAGAGACCAUUAUCUCAGUAUCGUCACAGACUGUAGAAAGUUUGUCAGCUGUCUCAGAAACUUCCUCUGAAGCUUCAAGUAAACGAGCUGAUGCAGAGGCAGAACUUGCGGCUAAAGUAGAGCAGAAAAGGGCCAUUCAAGAAAUUUCCAAUCAGCAAGCUCGACUAGUUAAACUGGAGAAUGACUGGAAGCUGGAAGAAGCAAGAAUGUUAGCGGAUAUUAAACAGAAAGAAAUUGAAAUUCGCUCCAAGUUAGAAGAAGAAAAAGCAAAAUUGCAAUUGUUACAAGCGGAAAAAGAUGUCAACGUAGCUGCAGCUCGAGUGAAAGCUUAUAACAAUGCAGAAAGUUGUCUUGAAGAGAGCAGUUUGGAAGACGACGAGACCGGAAAUGUCAUUUAUCCUGAACGAAGAAAAGCUUCUAACAAACCUCAACGUAAUCCUGUGAUAAAUCCAUUACCUUCACAAACAUUUCAAGAAGAAAGUAAAACUAAAGAGACUGAGAAUUUAGCUCAAGCAUUAGUGAACUCCUUAAGUAUAAGUCGUUUACCUGUUCCAGAACCAACCACUUUUAAUGGUGAUCCUCUGAAGUUUAUUGAAUGGAAAAUGUCCUUCACAGCACUCAUUGAUUGUAAAUCCAUCCCAGCAAGUGAGAAAAUGUUCUAUUUAAAAACCUAUCUUGCAGGAGAAGCUCGUAAGGCCGUAGAAGGGUUCUUUUAUAAGAACUCGGAUGAUACAUAUCAGGGUGCUUGGAGAGUCUUGGAGGAGAGGUAUGGAAACCCAUUCAUUAUUCAGCGUGCUUUUCGAGAGAGACUCAUGAAAUGGCCCAAGGUGGGAGUAAACGAUCCAUUUUCCUUGAGAGAGUUCAGCGAUUUCUUGCAAGGUUGUGUUGAAGCUAUUCCACAAGUCAAAGGUUUGUCCAUCUUGAAUGAUUGCGAGGAAAAUUACAAGUUGCUUAAGAAGUUACCAGAAUGGAUUGUCCGUAAAUGGAACAGAAUUGUUGUUGAAGAGUUGGAUAUGACAGGAGACUAUCCAAGUUUUAAGCAAUUUGCUGAAUUCUUGAAGAAGGAAUCAAAGAUAGCUUGCAACCCUUUCACUUCUCCACUGCUAGCCAGUUCAAAGGUUCCAGAUGAAAAGUAUCUGAAAAGAGCAAAAGCUUUCAAUAUUAAGGCUCAAGUAAAAGAUUCAAGACCAGAAUUCAAGGUAACAUCACCAUGUUCUGUGUGUAAGAGUGAAAUGCAUAGUAUCAUCAAAUGUCCUAUCUUUGCAGAGAAGCCCAUGGAUGAUAAAAGAUCUUUCAUUCGUGAAAAUCACAUGUGUUUCGGAUGCUUGAGAAGAGGGCAUAUUUUUAGGGACUGUAGGAGACGGCAUAUUUGUGGAACAUGUGGACUGCGUCAUCCAACUUGUCUGCACGAAGAUAAACGCAAACAUUCAGAGGUAUCCCAAGCAGAUAUUACAUCAGAAGCAUAUACAAGUCAAGAGGGCCAAAGGGCAAUGUCUUAUGCAGUAACACAACAUGUCUCUGCUACUUCUAGUAUUGUUCCAGUGUUUAUCUCCACAGUAGAAGAGCCACAAAAUGAGAUCCUUACCUAUGCCUUACUCGAUACACAAAGUGACACAAGCUUUAUUUUGAAGGAUUUUAUUGAUGAGCUGCUAGUGAGCAGUCAAGCGGUGAAGCUGAAACUCAGUACUAUGACAACUACAGACACGAUUACUUCAAGUAACAAGGUUAGUGGUCUGCGAAUCCGAGGACUUCAAGGUGGGAAAUGUAUCCAAAUACCUCAAGUGUAUACGUGUGAUUUCAUUCCUGUGGAUAAAGCUCACAUUCCAACGAAGAAAACUGCAUUAUGCUGGUCUCAUCUUAAGCACAUAGCCAAUGAAAUGCCACCACUUCAGAGUUGUGAUAUAGGACUAUUGAUUGGAUAUGACUGCCCUUCAGCGUUGGCUCCCCUAGAGGUCAUAAUCGGUAAGGAAAAUGAGCCUUUUGCACAGAAAACCGCGCUGGGCUGGAGCAUUAUCGGUCUUUGUAAUCCCCACUUAGACAGACAAGGAAGUCAAAGUUUUGUUCAUCGAGUGUCUGUGAAAGAAAUGAGAGUUCCAACAGCUAAUGAUGUCUUGAAAGUUUUGGAGUGUGACUUUAAUGAGAAAAGUUAUGAAGACAAAUAUGUGUCACAGGAAGAUGUCCGCUUUAUUCGUUAUCUCAGUGAUAACAUCAAGCAUAAAGAAGAUGGACAUUUUCAGUUACCUCUUCCUUUCAAGAGCAGUAAUCCACCUUCACUCCCUAACAACAAGAGGCUGGCUUUAUUACGUCUGCAGCAUUUAGGUAAGAAGUUAAGGUCAAAUCAACAGUACCAUGAGAAUUACAAGAUUUUUAUGGAAGAAAUGCUCAACAAGGGAGAUGCAGAGAUUGCUCCAGUAAUACCUGAUAAAGAAACAGCUUGCUUCAUCUCCUGGGUGUGCGAACUUUGGCCUGAAGUAUCUCGCAGAGAAGAAGCUAAAGAUUUGAUUGCAGAAGCUAAAACCCUGUGCAAGCUUGGAGGGUUACGUCUCCAUAAGUUUAACUCAAAUGAGAAAGAUGUCUUGCGCUGUGUGGAUUCGUCAGAGUGGGCGGUUUCUUCUAAGCCACUAAAUUUGACUCCUGAAUCAUCUGGGCUAGCAUUAAGGAAGAAAUGUCUUAAGGAUAUUGUCACCGUUGAAGAACGCAAGUGUGCAUUACAGGCUGUGAUUAAGCUUAUUCAAGAACGAGCCUUCUCCCAAGAAAUCCAAACAAUCCAAGGAGGUAAGGCUCUUCAGAAGUCCAGUUCACUUUUCCACCUGGAUCCCAUCUUGGAAAAUGGUCUUCGUGUUGGAGGAAGGAAGGUCCCAAACGCUUAUGGAACUCAGGACACAUGGAUUUUGGAUUAUUGGUGGCAGUAA